AUGUCCUCGACUCCGCGGCCCAGCUCCCACUAUGGCAAUCCCUCGGCGCCCACACUCCGCGAGCCCUCAACCAACCCCGAACUCGACAUCAAGAAGCUGCAAGCCUUGCCCUCAGAGCAGCAGGACAUAUACCUCCUGACAUUCGUCUCCUCUCUCACCAAACAUGUCGAAAGCCUCGAGCCGGACGACUGCACCGCGCAGCAGCUCUAUCUCAAAAGGGAGUUUAUGCAAAUCCUUAACUUGAAUGCGCCGCCACCAACGAGAGUGAUACGGAAUAACCUUGGGCGGUGCUUUGCGCAUGUACUCGGGAAGGGGGACCGGAAGCUGCUGUUUGAGAGCAUCAACGAUUUAGUCAAUAUCAUCAGCAGCGGCAAGGCAAAGACAGAGGCCGAUUUGCGGACGAAACAGGCAGCUGUUUACUGUCUGGGAGAUGUUUUUGGUGCAGCUGGGGACAGCGCUAUUGGCCUGCAUUCACUGGCAUGCUCAGCCCUCUUGAAACUUUUGAAGCCUGCGGCGAACAACGCAGGGUUAAGAGCUGCGGUUUUCAAGGCCCUAGGUAAAGUCGUGAAGAUGAUUCAAGGCAGCAUGGACGAAAGUAUUGCCAGGGACGUGUGGAAGCAGGCCAGGACUGUUGCUGCUGCUGAUAAGUCUGCGCUGGUACAAAUGGCGGCAUGUCAGUGUUUGAAGACAUUCUCGAAAUAUACGGUCUAUUUCGAAAAUUCGACCGAUUUUGACAAUCUCAAAUCUACGCUGUUCAAGACGAUCGACUCGCCGAGCCCCCUUGUACGCCAAGCGGCGGGAGAGUGUUUGGCGGAGGCCUUGGUCAAGAAUCAUUCGGAGGAAUCGGCGCAUGAGGCUCAAAUGCCGAAGAUUAAAAAGCCCAAGAGGACCAGUACCAAAAAGUUGGAUGACGACGAGGAAAUGCAGUCUCCAGAAAGUCCUGGGCUGAAAAAGAGCCACGUCCUCGCUUUUACCUUGCCGGAGAUUUUGAAACAACUGUCAACGUUUUAUGUCAAGAGCUCGACAAGUACUAGGUCCAGAGCCGGAAUAGCUGUCUGCUACACGAGGAUAUUCAAGAGCUUGAGCGAGAGGAACGUGGAGACGAACUACAUGAAAAUUGUGGACAGCUUGACCAUUGAUGUUUUGAGCCACCCAAAUAUAACGAGUAACCGAUAUCGGCUCCUCAGUACCCGAAAAUUCGUGCAGAUAAUUCUUGAAGACGUUAUUGGGCAAACGAUUUUGGGACAACCGGGCCAAAUUGAUGCUGCAAAAUCCUUGAUCAACGAUAUCCUGAAGAACUAUCCGCAGGUCAUCAAGGAGCGGGCCGAGCCUGGGAAGCAUGCUUUGAUUGCGGUCUUGAGCGCGCUAGCUUCUCUAAUCAAGACGCUUGGGUCCGCAUCGAAUGCGUUUGCGGAUAAUUGUCGAGAUGGCUUGUUGCAAGUUCUCCAGCAUCCGAGUUACACAGUCCAAGUGUACACUUCGUUCUGUCUCCGAACAUUUACGCUCGCUUGUCCCCAGCAGCUGCUGCCUUGCCUCACCAUUUGCAUGAAUAGCGUUAACCGAGAAUUGACGCUUCUCACUACAGGAAGAAAUUCUCCGCGGCGAUGUGUUGGCUAUGCGAAUGGACUGUCUGCGAUGAUCAGCACAGCACCGCUUCAACCCCUUUACGGCUCCGUCGAUGUCAACAGUCGUGUCUUGUCGCUUGCCACAGGUCUGCUCAAGUCAAGUAGCAAGUCAGAAUUACGAAUAUCCAGUACCCAGAUCCAAGUGGCCUGGAUUUUGAUUGGAGGUCUCAUGUCAUUAGGACCAAAUUUCGUCAAGAUACAUCUCUCGCAACUUUUACUUUUGUGGAAGAAUGCUCUCCCAAAACCUCUGGCAAAGGAUAACACCUCGCAGCGUAGCUAUCUCGAAUCUUCUUUUCUCACCCAUGUGAGAGAAUGCGCCCUGGGCUCGAUCUUGGCUUUCCUCCAAUUCAACAGUAGGCUGUUGACUGUGGAUGUCUCCAAGCGCAUAGCCGCCAUGCUCCAAAACACAUCAGCGUUCUUGAAGAGUCUGCCUUCCAAAAAGACUACAGAAGAUAUCACGCAACGCCUUUUCCCGUCCCUGCAGCUUCUCGAUUUGGAUCUCAUGGUGCAACGACGAGUUCUCCAGUGCUACGCAAAACUCGUGACUCUCAGUCCCCCUGGCGGGAGUGAGACUUUACUACAAUCCAAUCUCCUUACCCUCGCGGUGUAUUUCUUCGCGGACCCGGAAAAUUACACUCCAAGUUCCCUGAGCACAUCCAUUGCGAGUUCUGCAGGGAACUUCGAGACAGUCUGGGACGUGGGUGAUAACUGCGGCUUUGGUGUUACGGGCCUAGUCCGGGCUUUCCAGGUCCAGCGUCUGGCAGGCCAGCACGAGAGUGCUACUCAGGAUGACUGGAUGAAGGAAAGUGGCUCCGAUGGUGCGAUUGCGAGCGUCUUACAGUCUCCAAUUUGCAAUUCGCUAGAACACGAUUCAUUGGCGCUAUACCUAGGUGAAAUAGGAAAAGGGGACGCUAUGCCCGAUCCACCAGCUACUGAAGUCGUCAACAUCGCCAUCAAACUAUUUGCGAUCGCGUUCCCUGUGACACCACCUAAAAUCCAAGAAAGCAUCCUAGAGCAAGUAGCCACCUUCAUGUCUGCCGGUUCCUUGCAACGAGAUCCUGGCCGGAAAGCUGCGAUGAAUGUCAACAUUGCAACUGCACUUUUCAGCACCCUGAAAGUUGCUGUAAGGGAGACACAGUCACCUGCUGGAGACCUGACAAACCCUGCUGUAGAGAAGCUCAUGCAAGAGAUAUUGCAUACGUUUGUCAUCCACCCAGAUCAGUACGUUCGGAGUAUUGGGUACCAAGCUCUAGCUCGGCUCUGCAAUAGUUCUGGAAAUUCGUUCACGAAUGGCGAGAUCAAAUACCUCGUCGACACAAUCGUCGGGAACCGUGAGCCAAGCGCAAGAGCUGGUUGUGCCAUGGCACUUGGCGCUAUCCAUUCCCAGGUUGGUAGCAUGGCAGCUGGAUUUCAUCUCAAGACUAUCCUUGGGAUACUGAUGUCCCUGUGUAAUGAUCCACAUCCGACCGUCCACUUCUGGGCACUGGCAGCGCUAUCCGGCGUGGCGGAUUCCGCAGGCUUGAAUUUCUCGGGCUAUGUCACCAGCACUCUUGGUAUGAUCGGUCAAUUGUAUGUUGGAGAUACACAUAACCAGGAAGUCGCAUCAGUUGCGACAUCAAAUCUGGAGCUGGAGCUGUCGACGACGGUCGUCAUAGCUCAAUGUGUAGACUCUUUAGUCAAUGUGCUGGGUCCGGAUUUGCAAGACAUGAGCAAACCCAGAGAACUUAUUUACACUCUUGUUGGCCAAUUCCAAGAGGAGGAUAAUCAGUUGAUCCAAGGAGGGAGUCUUCGGUGCCUCGAGCAUCUUGCUCUAUAUGCUCCUGGCCAUAUGGUAUUUGCAGACUACGUUGUUCUUUUACAAAAAGACCUCAACUCUGAGUUUCCAGAUUUGAGAGACAUCGCGAUUGACGGUCUGUACAACUUGAUGAAGCGAAAUUCUGAAGAUGUCGUAAAGGCCGCAGAGGCAGGUUUCGAGGACCAGUUAUGGCUAGCUCUGGACUCAGCCCCAGAUCACGAUGGCAUCAGGAACGUUAUUCGGAACUGGCUCGGCCAAUCCUGUCUGACCGACACCGCACGAUGGCUACAAAGAUGCCAGACCGUCUUGACGAUGACCCGAUCGAAAGCUGCGGAAACCAUUGCACCAACUGCCAAGGCCAGUGCGAUGCCGGACCUGCAAGACGAAGAAGUGGCUGGUUUUGCUGCUUCAGCCGGAGCCGCGAAGGAUGAUGGAGCAAACGCGGCGGAAUCAGGCCAGGAGCCGUUGCGCUGGCAAGUCCGUACUUUUGCCAUGAGCUGUUUAGCCGAAAUGUUCGCGAUUGUCAGCAAAGCAACGCCACCCGAUGCUGACGAGCCAUCGCCGGCACAGAUGGCUCUGCAGCGCAAGAUCGCAGAUGUCAUUCGCAUGGCCUUCUCUGCCUCGACAUCCAAUGUUGUAGAGCUUCGAGUCUGGGGGUUGAAAAUCAUCGAUGCGGUCCUAAAGAUGUUUGGCAGGACACCCGAUCCUGAUUUUGCCGAAGCGCCCCUUCUGGAGCAGUACCAAGCUCAAAUUAGUUCCGCCCUCACUCCUGCUUUUGCGGCCGACUCUUCGCCAGAGCUGGCGUCUGAAGCUGUUAAUGUCUGCGCUGCUUUCAUCGCGACUGGAAUCGUUACCGAUGUUGAUCGAAUGGGGCGUAUCCUCAAGACUCUUGUCACUGCUCUUGAGAACUUCUCGACUGAGUCUGAAGUACAAUCAAUUGGAGACUUGAAAGGACUCAGCUCCAAUGCCCAAGUUAUGGUAAAGAUGGCUGUCUAUUCCGGCUGGGCUGAGCUUCAAGUGGCAAGUACCGAGCAGCUCUACCUUGUCGAUGUUCUGAAGCCAUAUAUCGGAACUCUCACUCCACUCUGGCUCGCCUCUUUGAGAGAAUUUGCUCGACUUAGAUUCGAGCCAGAUAUCAGCAUGAGUCUUGGCCCUCCAUCCCUAUCAGGAAGUCUGGAUACUAUCUAUGCUGCCUUGAACCGGGAGACCCUACUCAAAUUCUACCAAGACUCUUGGCUCAAGCUUGUAGAUGCCAUUGCCAGUCUUAUUGAGCAAGACAGCGAAUUUGUCUUUGAUGCACUUGAUGGCAAGGAGGCGGAUGCUCCCAAUACGAAUGGCCAUUCCAAGGGUAAUGAUAUCAACUACCGCGACGAGCCCGUGGCUUUCUUCUUCGUCUUGUUCGGCAUCGCUUUUGAGGCCCUCGUUGCUCGACCAGGGAACGAUGCUCUCGCCACUAAAGAGCAGACACUCGAGAUCCUCCAAGCGCUCAAGAAGAUCUUGCACCCCAGUGUCUCAGGUAAUGCCAUUUAUCGAGAAGCAAUAUUUUCCGAGACUAUGGAUCUACUUGAUCGACUUGUCCUCACCGAGGGCUUGGAUGUGCAGGGUGUUAUCGUACAGAUUGCACGGGGACUUUGUAUCUCUCACCCUUCUGCGACGAAAGCUUCCGACAAAGAAGACGGUGAUUUGUCCGAAGAUAUUGAGCAGCUAUUUGAAUUGACUCGCAUCAUCGUUCUUGUGCUCGCGGGCCUUCUCCCGAAUCUUAUCGAAGCUAGGCAAGCUACUCGUCAACAAUUAACAGACGAAGCUGUCAGUCUUGUUCGCACCUCUCUGAACGCCCUCGUUGAUGCCGCCGAAGUCUUCCCCUCGAUUAUCAAAACGGACCUCCACGCCUGCAUCAUCCACAUUUUCGCCACCAUUAUGGGCACGGCAAGUUGUCAGGCAGUAGUCGUUCCACAAUCCCUUCCGAUAUUGAAGCGAUUCAUGACCAGCAUCUCACCCCCAAAGAAGAACGGGAAGCCGGACGCCAGCAUUUUCCAAGUUCAAGGAUGUCUGAAGCGUUUCCUAUCCAUCUAUCUUCAUGCCCAAAAACGAGAAUCAGAAUCUUCUCUUCCCUGUGUCAAGAACACUCUUCUAGCAUCAACCGUCCUUCUCACCAGCGGCGUAAACUACAUGUCGGCCAGCGAGCCUCUUGUCACGCGCUACUUAGACGAACUCAUUGACUGUCUAAGUGAUCGCAUGACUGCAAAGGUCGCCGCAGGCUGCAUCCGCACUCUCCUCCUUUUUUCUCCCAAAACCCCUGCUGACCAAAGCAUCGCCCGCUACCUGCUCCCACGCCUCAUAGCCUUCACCACCUCGACCGGCGCCGAAGACCCAGAAUCUGCCCGCGCUCUUAUUACUCACGCCCUUGUAUUAUACACUGUCUCCCUCCCCGCUCCUCAAAAAGCAAUCGCCAUGUCAGUGGUUAUGCCGAUGCUGCUCGCGAGAGCCGGCAGUGAAGGCGAAGGCGUGUACAAGGAGACGAGUGCUCGGUUACUGGAUCUUGCGGGCAGCGACCAGGGGGCGUUUCGGAAUGUGGUGGGCGGGUUGAGUGUGGAGCAGAAGGGCUUCAUGGAGAGUGUUAUUCUGAAGGGACGGCAGAAGGUGGUGCAAGAUACGGAGCAGGGCAGCGGGGAGCCGAGUAUCGCCCUGAGGAUGGACUUUGGAGGCUGA